CACUUGUUGGGAUUUGCCAGAAAAUAUAGGGAAAUAUAAUACAUAAACCUCUGUUCCUCCUUUGAAACUGAGAAUGAAUCCACCGCCGCAGUUAGAAUCGGAUAACAUCGUCGCCUACACCGUCUUCGAGUCGGAGGAAUCUUCAAAUUGCAAGUAAGUAAUAAUCGCUUCUCAAUUUCCAUUAUCAUCCUAUCUACUCAGUAGUAACUAUGGAUUCAGUUAUACACACCCAACAUUUUUACUCAUUUCACUACCACUCUCACAAACAAGCUUCUACAACAACUCGUUGCUUCAGAACUAAAAAACCUUUCAUUUUUUCUUCUCAUAAUUUUGCAAAACUCAAAUGCAUAAGUUCUAGUAAAAACUAUAUCCCCAACGGUAAAUCACAACCAAACCCUAAAGAGAAUUCCAAUAGUAUACAAUCAUCCCCAAACGGUGCAACAAAUUUAGAGGAGAUAGAGAACAAUAACCGUCUUCGUAAAUUGGUUAAAAUUGGUGUAUUAGACGAGGGGCUUAAGUUUCUUGAGCGAAUGAGUUUCAAAGGAGGCAUUCCCGAUUUAUUUGUAUGCACAAAUCUCAUUCGUCAGUUAUGCCAAACCGGUGAAACUAAGAAAGCUACACGAGUCAUUGAAAUUCUAGAAGCUUCCAGUGUGGUUCCUGAUGUUGCAGCCUACAAUGUUUUGAUUCGUGGUUAUUGCAAAUCGGGGGAGAUAGAGAAAGCUUUGCAGCUUCUAGAACGGAUGCGAGUUUCGCCUGAUGUGGUUACAUACACUAUAUUGAUAGAGGCGACUUGUAAAGAGAGUGGAGUUGGUGAGGCGAUGAAAUUAUUGGAUAAGAUGAAGAUUCAAGGAUGUAAACCCGAUGUGGUUACUUUCAGUGUUCUUAUCAAUGGAAUUUGCAAGGAAGGUAGGUUGGAUGAAGCAAUUAAUUUAUUGAGUGAUAUGUCAUCUUAUAGUUGUGAACCGGAUGUGGUUGCUUAUAAUAUCGUUAUUGAUGGACUUUCAAAGGUGGGGGCAACUGAGCAUGCUGUGCAACUCUUGGAUGAGAUGUGUAGGAAAGGUCUUCAACCUGAUGUAAUUACAUAUUCUUCAGUGAUUGGGGGAUUCAUUCGUGAGAGAAAGGUUGAUGGUGCUAUCAAAAUGUUCCAUGACUUGGAAAGAUCAGGCAUUAGGAUCGAUGCUUUCCCUUACAACUCAAUCAUGUUGGUACUCUGUAAGGCUGGGCAAACUAGUCGUGCUAUUGAUCUACUAGCCCGUAUGAUAGCUAAAGGAUGCAAACCUACUGAAGCUACAUAUACCAUUCUUAUUGAAGGCAUUGCUUAUGAAGGAUUAGUUGAGGAGGCUCUGGAUUUGUUUAAUGAGUUGUGCUCCAGAGGAUUUGUGAAGAAAAGUUCUGCAAAAAAGGUAACUGGACAAGAAUUAAAUGAAAAUGUGGAACUAUGAGUUAUAUCUUGAACAAGGAGGCUUGUGAUUUGGAUAUGAAUGAUUCCUUCAUAGUAAUUAGUUUCCUGACUAUUACCAUCAUUAGUGUUAACUUCUUGAAGUUGGCUUAAACUUCUCCUAGUCCCUCCAACCAGCUUAAGCUAAGCAUGACAUCUGCUUCCCUGUGUAGAUAAUGGACUAUACCAACACGUUGCAUCUUCAUUACCGCCCCUUUGCGUACUAAUUCGAUUCUAUAUAUAUCUUUCCCUUUUCUAGAAAAUGUGUAGUUCUUGCCAUUUUUACUGCCCAAGGCUGAAAAUGUGUAGUUCUUGCCAUUUGUGUUUGUUGUACAUCCUGUGCAAGGUGCUAGCUCUUUCUCUUAUGCAGUUUCCAAAACAAACAAAAAAUAUAUAUUUAACCAUCAAUUAACGGUGUUAAGUUUA